UUUCCCGGCGGCUCCGCUGCUCUAUGCAGGUGAUAGGUGAAAGCGGAAUUUUUAAAUUCUUACUUCUUUACUUUGUUCUGCCUGUCCGAGGUUUCCCAGCUCCUUUUCAACAUGACCAGCGAGUUCCUGGAGGAGCUGAAGUGGGACGAUGGGCUCUCCAUCCCCGUGGCGAACGAGGAAAACAAGAUACUGGAAAAUCAGUUAUCCAAGCUGCAAAAUGAAAAAUCAAACCUUCAACAUCAGUUACAAGACUAUGAAGAUCGAAUUAAAGCAAUGUCUUCUCACUUCAAAAAUGUUAAGCAAGAAUUCAAAUUUACUCAGUGUCUCUGUAAAGCCAGGGAGAAUGAGAUUAAAAGUGAAGAACAUUUUAAGGCCAUUGCUGAGAGAGAACUGGGACGAGUGAAGGAGGAAAUCCAACGCCUGGAAAAUGAGACUGCUUCGAUAAGGGAAAAGAAAACUGAUAAGGAGAAUGCAAUAUUUAAAGCUACUCAAAAGUUGGAUAACUUGAAGUGUCAGAUGAAUUGGGACCAGCAAGCGUUGGAUGCUUGGUUAGAAGAAUCAGCUCAUAAAGAUAGUGAUGCCUUUACUAUUCAGAAGUAUGCUCAACAGGAUGACAACAAAAUUAGGGCGCUGACACUACAGUUAGAAAGACUGAAUUCAGAAUUUGGUCAGAAGAGAAAGCUACUCAAUGAUGAACUUACAGAGACUCUAAGUGCACAGUUAGAAUUGGAUAAAGCAGCACAAGAUUUUCGUAAAAUUCACGAUGAAAGACAAGAACUCAUUAAACAGUGGGAGAACACAAUAGAUCAGAUGCAGAAGAGAGAUCAGGACAUAGACCAGUGUGCCUUGCAAUUGUCAAAUAUAAAGCAGGAAUUAAGAGAAAAAGAAAUUUUGGUUAAAGAGAAGAUCAAAUUUCUGGAAAACGAGAUUGGGAAUAACACUGAGUUCGAGAGAAAAAUUGCAGCUGCUGAUCGUAAAGUUUCAAAAUGUAGAAUGGAAUACCAGAGUCAUGAAAAUAGUCGAGUUCAGCUGAAGGAUGAGCUGGACUGUUUAAAAGCCACUGUGAAUAGAAGUUCCAGUGAUUUGGAAGCUCUGAGGAAAAAUAUUUCCAGAAUUAAGCGUGUCACUGAAGAUGAGAGAGCAAAGUUAGAAAAUAUUAAAAAUCAUAAUGAAGCUAUAAAGAAAAAGUUACAUGAAAUUACUGAGAGAACUAUGUCUGUAGAAGAGAAAGCAACCAAUUUGGAAGAUAUAGUAAAGAAGGAUGAAAAGACAGUCAAGGAAGUGCAAGACCAAUUGAACAUAUUGAAAGCUGUGCUAUAUAAGAAAUCUCAGGAAUUGCAGACUGAGAAAAUGAAAGAAAAAGCUACUGUCUCAGAAAUUAAAGGAACACGGUCUCUUCUUAGGAACUUAAAUAAUCAGUUACGUAAACUGGAUUUUGACACCUUGAUGCAGCAAGAAAUUAUGUACAACCAGGAUUUUUACAUUCAACAACUGGAACGUAGAAUGUCACGGUUAAAGGGAGAAAUAAAUUCUGAAGAAAAACUUGCCCUUGAAACAAAGAUUGUUGAACUCAAAAAAGUGUUGGAGGAGAAAAAAUCUACAUUUGACCUUUUGGAAACACAGAUCGGGAAGCUUCAUAAUGAUCUUUACUUUAUCAAGAAGUCAAAUGCUAAAAAUUUUGAUGAAAAACAGUCCCUCUUGACCAAAAUAAAUGAACUAAACCUUUUCAAUGACACAUCAGAGAAGGAACUUAAAAAAGUAAAGACUUUGAAACAGGAUUUGAUGAUAGAAGACAAUCUUUUGAAACUUGAAGUUAAACGCACUCGAGAGAUGCUUCACAGUAAGGCAGAGGAAGUUCUUUCUCUGGAAAAAAGAAAACAGCAGUUAAGAACAGUUAUGGAAGAACGGCUAGAAGAAAUUAAGGUUCACAAAGCAAUGCUUCAAUCUCAAAUACGAUUAGUGGAUCAAGAGCGGCAAAACAUAAGUAUUGAAUUUCACGACCGACUAAGUAAAAUUGAGAAGCUGAAGAACAGAUAUGAAAUUAUUACCGUUGUUAUGUUGCCUCCUGAAGGAGAAGAGGAGAAAACCCAGGCCUAUUAUGUAAUAAAGGCUGCUCAGGAAAAAGAAGAGCUCCAAAGGGAAGGAGACAGUUUGGAUGCUAAGAUAAGCAAAGCUGAAAAAGAGAUCAGAGCUCUAGAGAACACCUUGCAAGUGCUGAACAGCUGCAACUAUAAUUACAAAAAAUCUUUUGCAAAAGUGACUCCGGCUAGUGAGGAGUAUGAAGUAAAAAUCCAACUAGAAGAACAAAAAAGAGCUGCUGAUGAAAAGUACAGAUAUCAGCAAAGACAAAUCAGAGAACUCCAGGAAGAUACUCAGAGCAUGGAAAACACUCUGGAUGUUCUAGAACAUCUAACAAGAAAAGCCAAAGCAACAUUAACAGAAAAGGAGGAUUCCUCGUUUCAACUAAAUAAAGAAACCGAGGAGCAGAAGCCAAAGUUGGACAGAGCAGCUAAACAGUGUGCAAAACUCAUCAAGGAAAUCCGUAUUAUGAAAGAUACAAAAGAUGAAACACUGGAAGAACAAGACAUCCAGCUCCGUGAACUCAAAGAGUUCGACAGGAACAUUGAUGACAUGCUAAUAGAUGUCACUGAAAAUGCUGAGAUCCGUACUAUCCUUCAAACCCUCUUUCAACAGAAUGAGUUAGAACUACCUGUAGCUAGCUCUAAACGUAACCGAACAAGUUCUACAUCUCCUUCACAGACCUCCCUGUUAUCAGGAAGAUCAUCUAGGAGCUCAAGCACUAAUUCUCAGGUGUCAGUGAAGACGUUAGAGCUGACCUUCCCGGCCUCCCACUCCCAGUUAAGCAGUCCCAGGCCAGCCAGUGCUACCAGCACCUCCUCUAGUUCUGCUAAAGGCAAAAGAAAGAGCAAAUAAGUAUUUUCAUGUCUCUUGAACAAGCUGUAAACACAAAUCCAAAAAUCUCAAUGUUAAAAUAGGAAAUCCCACUUUUAGGUUUUUGAUGUCUUUUGAUAUAAUAUUGAAAUUGUGCCAGAAACAUCAAAUGACUAAAGUUUUAUAUGGUGGAAAAUGUUAAAACUCAGUCAAAAACUGCAUUCACUUCUACCGCGACAAUCUUUUAGGAAAAAAAUUUGUAAAGAUUCACUGUCCUAUCAAGAAUUUGCAACACUACUAGAAUUCUCACUUACCCCACAAAAUCCUGAAAUUAGGUUUUCUUUAUUCCAAGAAAAAAAAUUUACUGGACUUUUGGUGGAAAAAUCUACUAGAGGUAGUUUCUUCCCUGGUAUAUUUUUUUACUCCUCUCCCCCCCAGCCCUGCCCUUUCCUCUGAAACAACAUUAGUUCCUCCUUUAUCCCCUGAAAACUGAUGGGAAAGAGAACACUGGAUAAAUACAACUAAAGCUUCAGUUUCUAGAAAUUGCUCCAUUCUUAUCUUGAAGGAAAUUGAGCUAUUGCUCAAGAUUUGCACACAUAAAUAAGGUUUCUUCAGGAAUUUCUUUGCAUGAAACAUGAUUUAAGUAAAGCUCGGUACACUCUGAUUUAUAAUAGUAAUCUUAUACAUCUACAGUGGGAGGUAGAUUAGCUAUUUUAGAAUGUAUUUUCCUAGGCUGUAAAACAUGCUCAACUCUGAACUCUUGGAAGAGCAUGGAGUACAACUGUUGUAAAGCUGGUUUUCAAAUUGGUGUGUUAUAUAGUACGUGAAAAUAUAAACCUUGGGGAAACUAUUCCUCUCACAACUCUGCUUGUUUACAGCUGUCAUUUCGCAUUUCCCUUUGAA